CCUAGGUGUCGCACCGCCCAACCCGGAGACGGAUUUCCGAACCAAGUGUAGCAAAAUAGCCUGUACUUUGUUUACGUACCGUUGGUUAGCUGACAGCCGUUGUAGCGCUUUACGCACGCAAACAACCGUAUCUGCAUGUCUCUGGUGGUUGCCUGCAGCUUCGUAAACUUUAAACCGAGUGUCCUGGAUGUCGUGGAUGGGAUGUUUUGUUGAAUGAGGGGGACCCGCUAGAUGCCGACAGGAGGAUGAACUCCAUCACCGGCCGGGUUCUUGCCAUCCCCGCCGCCUCUGUCACUAACUCUGGAGCUUCAUCCUCCCGAGCCUUACAUGUUGAGCUCACAUCCCAGCAGAGACGAUUGCGUCAUCUCCGGAGCAUCGCAGCCAGAAACAUUGUCAACAAGAAUGGUUCCCCACUGCUGGACACUUACUUCACCCUUCACCUCUGUAUAGGAGAUCGCAUAUCUAGAGAUUUUUACAAGAGUGAAGUCAUACGAGAUUCACUGAAUCCAACUUGGCGGAGUCUGGACUUUGGCAUGCUGCCAGACCUUCUGGACACCUCAGUGUCUUGCUUUGUGGUGAGGAUCUGGGGAGGACAGGAGGAACAGUACCAGCUCCUCAUAGAAUGGAAGGUCAAUCUGGAUGGCCUCAGAUACACAGGACAGCAGAUUCGAUCCAGGAAUCCAAAUGAGAUCAUAUUUGGAUUGAAUGAUGGCUACUAUGCAGCUGACUUUGAUCACAAGGAUCAGUCGGAGCGGAAGAAAAACAGUCUACUUCAGGUCGACCAGAGUUCAGUCAGGAACUCCUACAGUGUUUUCUCUUUGCUCAGGCUUCACACAGCUCAGAGAGCUAUCAAGCAGACCCAAGUGACCGUGCAGAAGAUUGGGAAGGAGAUCGAGGAAAAACUAAGGACGACAGCAACCUGCACAGAGCGGAAGAAAGAGCGGGAGUGCAUGCAGCUGCGUAUAGUUGUGCUGCGUAGUGAACUGCAGCGGCAGAGGAAGGCCCUUGGCAGGGAGACAGACCUGCGGCAGAAAGAGCGGGCACAGCUUCAGAAGAAAGAGGAAGUGUUCUCCGCUCAGCACGAGAGUUUGAAGGAGGAGAAAGAAUCUUUAACCAAGCUGCAGAAGGAAUGCACUGCCAAGAGAGAGCAGUUCCUCAAGUCCAACGCCCAGCUCACCUUCCGCUGUCGUCAGCUCCUCUCUGAGCUUUCUUACAUCUACCCCAUUGAUGUGGCUAAUCAGUCAGACUACGUCAUCUGCGGAGUGAAGCUGCCAAACUCUGAAGACUUUCAAGCAAAGGAUGAUGGGAGCGUGGCAGUCGCCCUGGGUUACACAUCACACCUGGUCCUGAUGAUCUCGUGCUUCCUGCAGGUCCCUCUUAGGUAUCCUGUGAUCCACAAGGGUUCACGCUCCUCCAUCAAGGACACCAUCACUGACAGACUCACUGAGAAGGAGAGAGAAUUCCCUUUGUACCCCAGAGGAGAGCGGUUUCAUUUUGAAUAUGGUGUCUACUUACUCAACAAGAACAUUGCCCAGCUGAGAUAUCAACAUGGCUUGACCACCCCAGACCUGCAGCAGACACUACCCAACUUGAAGAACUUCCUGGAACACGGCCUGUUGGUCCGAUGUGACCGACACCAUGUCUCCAGCUCCAUCCCAGUGCCGACCAAGUCCCAGCUUGGUGUGUCUGCUGCCUCGGAUAUAGGCUACACCUGCCACACCAGCUCCCCAGACCGAGGCCUGAGGAAAAGGGCAAGCUCGGAGGCCGAUAAGCUUAAGUACAAGCCAACUCCUCCUCCCAGCUACAACACAGCCAUGGGUGAAGAGCAGCCCCCAGUUGGCCUGGCACUGCCCUCGCCUUCACCCAAACACCUGUCCUCCUCCCUUGAUGCUGGCAUGGCCUCGCUUAACCUGGCCAAGACUACGGAGGCCAAAGAGGAGGGAGAGCAGAAAGAAGAGAACGAGGAGGGUGGGGAGACAGCAGUGGAGGUAGAGAGAUGCAGAAGCAUUGAGAAAGAGAUUGAAGUAGAUAAAGAAGAAGAGACUGAAGAGCAACUACCCAGUAGCACAGCUGCACUCAACUCUUCUACAGUGCAGGACACUGGUGAGGAAACAGUGGCAACUAGUCAGCACACAGGUGCCAUGAACGGCUCUUUGGUACCAGGACAAGCGCCUGUUAGCUUGGUCCCAGAGCUGCGCUGCUCUGUGGAACAAGCUGAGGAGAUCAUGGGCACGGAGGCCACCGGUUUAGGCCUGGGGUUGGGGUUAGGGCUAGCAGAUGAGGCCCGGCUGGAAGACUACCGCUGCAUCCCUGUGGACCACGCAGUAGCUGUGGAGUGUGAUGAACAGGUGCUAGGCGAGCUGGACGUCGCUGGCUUUGAGGAGUUCUCCAGGCGCAUCUAUGCACUAAAUGAGAACAUGUCCAGCUUCCGCAGACCACGCAAGAACUCUGAUAAGUGAGGCAGCGGACCUAAGGAGAGAGCGAGGCAUGAAAAAACUUGCACAGGGGGUUUGGACAAAUACAAGGCAGGGACAUGAACUGAGAGGACAAGGGUGGGGUCCCCACUCCGUUAUCGCAGCAUCAAAAAUCAUAGGAGCUAUUCUGGAAUAACGACCACUUUGCACUUAUUGUAAACAUUUCCAUAGUAAUCUUUUAAAUGAAAUGCAGUUAAAAGGGCAAGUAUUGGGACAGUAAGCUUAACUUUUAUUUUUGAUGCCAGCAUUAAUAUAUUUUUGAACAUUUGAUGGAACAAUGAACCAUAUUUCACAUUUUUAUUCACAAAAUAAUUUGGCCUCAGCAUUAACAAUCGCCUUCUAUGAAUUAGUGUCAGUUAUUGUUAUUCUUCUAAACUUCAUUAUCGUCUCUAAACUGCAUUUAAGAUUUACAUCCACACCCAGAUUGCAGCCUCAGUACAUCAGGGUAGAAAAAUGUUUCGAUACAGCAGCUCCAAAUCAUUUUCCUUAUCACUGUACCUCAACUUUCACCAUAACAAGUAUAACAAAUAACACGUUUUUGGGGACAUUUUAUCAAUUAUAGAAUUAUUAACAUGAACAACAGACACACACAGAGAAUGGUUGCAACUGGAAGUUUUAUCAAAGUGAAUCAUCUCGUAUCACGCUGUCCCGGUACUUACACCUUUGACUGUACAAGCAAAUGUUUAAACUUCCCGAGCCUUCAUUCAGGGUGCAGUGGGUUUGUGCAGGAGGAGAACAUGAUGUGCAUGUGUGUGUGUCGGGGCUUCACAUUAGCAUGCAACCACAGUCACACAAUCACAGUUAGGUUUCAAGUAAUCCCACCAAUGACCUUUGAACACGGCAGGAAUUUGCUACCACAAAAUGAGGAGGGAGCAGCCCAAUCAGAGACUCCUAACUGUGACACACGGCAUCUUCUCCCCUUGGACAGCUCAAGCUACCUGUCAGUCUCCACACAGAGUCGAGUUUCUCCGUCAGGUCUUAAGAUGAGGAUCACAAGAGUGGCAGGUUGGCGCUUACAGCACAUGGCAGGGAUACGGUGCAAUUGUUUUUCUGUCCACCUCCAUGUCCUCUUUUUUUCUUUUCUUUUUUCAAUUUUAAUGUACCAACCCCAUAACCCCAUCAAUGUUAACAUCAAUGUUAAUGUUACGUCCACUGAUUCUCAUAUUCAGUAGACCAAAAAUUUUAUUCUGUGUCUGUGUUCUGUUGGAAUGUCUCACUCAGGCUCUACUGUAAGUGUUAAUAGCAAUCCCAUUGUCUGUGAUUUUGUCUCGUGUCUCCAUGUUCUGAAUGCUUUCUUGCACUGGUAUUCAAUUAUUGCAUUAUUUAUGUCAAUUGUGUGUGCUUUGUUUUAAAGGAAAUCAAUAUUUAGUUUGUUUUUCCCCACUCACUUGGGAUGUCACUCAUUAAUAUUGUCAAAUGUUAGACUGAUAUCUUGACCAGUGUCUGGGUCCUGAUGUGGACAGCUGCUUUGCAUUGGCCUCCGUGACAAAGAUGGACUCUCCACCAGCAGCCCACUUUGUGUUUCUGAUCUAGUACUGUGGUGCUGACUGUUGAGAAGUAUUGUAUUUAAGACUAAAAGAUGAACCAUGUUAGAUCAUUUCCAUAAACUGCGAUACAGUAAGUGACCAUGUACAUAUACUUUUGUAUGGAGGGCUUUUUUUGUUAUUAAAGACUUGCAGUCCAAUGGCAUGGAUGUAUGUAGCCCCCUUUAA